CACAAUUUCCUGGUUUGGGGGAUUUUAAAAAUGUACAUGCAUGUCAAAUUUUAACACAAAAUUGAUUUUUAAAACUUUUGGUUAGCUACUUGACUGCAAACCUAUUUUUUGCCGUAGAGCUAGGAUUGAUUACGUAAUCGUACUUCAGUAGUAUAGGAAGACAAAAUUGCAAACUCUAUGCAGACCUGUGUUAAAAUUGAUUAGAUGCACAUUAAAUGCAGAAUUUAUUAUUCACAGUAGGGCAUUUCCUUUCAAUACGAACAGAUGAAAUUUACAUUCAGUUGAUGGUUCUUUUUUAUUUGAACUAGAUCUUGAGUUAGUAAUUGUUUAAUUGAAAUAGAAAUAUUAGGAAGGACCUAUUAGUACUGUUAUAAUACUAAAUAUGUGAAUAAGACACAAAUCUAUAUAAGGUUGAAUUAGUUCACUGUGUAAAUUAUGUGUAGUGCAGAAAAAAAUGUGUGCAGCUGCAACGAAUGCAUGAUUGGAUUUAGUGAAAUUACAAGUGCAUUGCAGAUCUGAAUCGUAACAUUGAUUUUUCUUAAGGAUAUAUUUAGUGUCACUUUGAAACUUUAAUCAUCUUACGCAGUAGAGAAUAAGACUGGGUCUUAAGAGAAUGAGAUGGACCCAUGGUUUGAGAACUUUAAAUUGAUGUUAACAUAUUGGUUGAUGUCUAACAGGGAUCCGACAAUGGCUGAGGCAGCUCUGACGUCUAGAAUGGCACAGCCCUAUCUACAGUCGGCGGGGAUGGACAUGCAGCCGUCCACGACAUCGAACCAAAACAUCACAGCUGGAAACUUUCCCAUCCCAUCAUCUGUCCACCACCGACCACCAACACCAUCACAAUAUCAUAGACAAGAUUCAGAUCUUCAAAGACAGCACAUAACCAGCUCAGACUUGAUCCCUAAUGGCACAGCACAUCACGACUUACAGGUCCAACCUGAAUCAACGACACAGCUAGAUCGCAAUCAUCUUUGUCCUACAUGUAGUAAAGGCUUCAAAAGCAAGCAGCAGUUAGCUCAACAUAGUCUAGUCCAUACCAAUAUACGCAAAUAUGUCUGUUCCUAUUGUGAUAAAGCUUUUAAACAGUUGUGUCAUCUACAGCAGCAUGUCCGUAUUCAUACAGGAGAGAAACCAUACCGGUGUUCAUUUGAAGGUUGUGACAGAGCCUUUGCUCAAAUGGCUAAUCUCCAUCAUCAUAUGAGAAACCAUGACGAACAUCUCAAAAAGUCUCAGACCAAACAAUUCCAAUGCAUGAUCUGUCAUAGGGCAUAUACCAACGAAAGUAGUCUCAAAUCUCAUAUGCUCAAGAUGCAUGUUCAUCUAAAGUCAAUAGAUGGUGUUCAGUCAGAUCUUAUCAACCGAAUUCACAAACCAAAGCCUACACGAUUACCUAGCAAUGGUAUGUCUAGCACUAUAGAUCUUACGUCAGAAGAACGUGAUGUGAACUCUGGUGACAGAAUGGAUGAUAGAAGGGCAGACAACUUUAGAUUUACCAAUUCUCCACCACUAGAUAGGGCAUUACAUCAAAGAAAUGACGAAGUUGCCAGAUUCGCUCAUCUUGCUGUUGCCAAAAGAUUUGAUCAAACAAAAACCAGUGAAUUUAGAUUUAAUAACAAAGGCCCUGAGAGCAUGGAAAUAGAUAACAGGGGAGAUAAUUAUAGAUUUACUGACAAACGUUUAGAUGAACGUGAUGCACAUAGAGCAGACAACUUCAGACAAUCUGCCGAUCGACUAGAUACACAAAGAGCAGAUUUUAGAUUUCCCGAUAAAAAUGCAAACGACAGACUGCAGGAUCAGCAGCCGGAGAAUUAUAGACUUUCUGAAGAAAAUCUAAUUGUACGAGCAAUGAUGAGUCGUGAUCAGCAGAACCUAGUGUCCAGUAAUACAUCUUCUCUGUCACCAGCAGACACACAGAUCAGAGGUCAAGAGGUCAACAAUAGGUCAAAUGUCAACUUAGCAGAUAAUUCAAGAAAUAGAAAUGGAAGAUUGAGUUUCCCCCCUAUGAUGCCAUUUGAUUCCCCUAGGGUUGAUUUUUUUCAACGACCCCCUCCACUAGGGUCCCAGUCUCCAAGAGCCAACAGCUUUAUCAAUGAUAUUCAACAAUUCAACAAACUUAAUGGUCAUGGUAGCCUACCUAGCAACCACACCAGUCAAAGGUCAACAUUUGAUCACAUGCCACAACCAACCAAUCAUAUCAGUUCUUCAUCAUCGUCUUUUGUCAGCCAGCAACCCAUGUAAAAAAGAGAUUAACUGAACUAUUUCAAACUAUUUGUAUAACUUUUUAUUAGAUUUUAAAAGUAACUAGGUUACAACACCAGCAUUGAUGUUUUAUAAACUAUAAUGUAAUGCUAUUUUGUACUUAGGAAUGUUAAGCUGUUGGUAUUUUAUCUAUUUUUGUGUUUAUCUGCAAAAAUAUCUCAACAUAGUCAUGUCAACACAAAUAUCAUGAAAAAUACUAAUUUCUUAUUUGUUACUAGAAACCAUUCAAAAGAAGAAGGUCUAGUUUACCAGUGUCUUGCUGUAAUGUUGGAUAAAAACCAUCCAGACAGACUCUAAAUAAAUCUUAUUUAUUAUGAAUAAUGAAACCACCUUUUCCAAUCUUUCACACAGAUACUUCCUGUUAAACUAUACUUUGAAUUUUUCCAUAUGUUGAAACAACAUAAGAAAAGUAAUCACUCUUUUCUAAAACAUUACUCAACAAAAUGACUUCAUAUUUAUUUAGCAGCUGGACCAUGAUGAGUUCUGUUGUGUGUGUUCUCUCCUGAACUGACCGAUACCUUCUUGACCUGUUACCAAUACUUUGAAUUACAAGGUACGCCUAGCUAUAUGGUUAUGUUUCGAAACCAAAUGAGUACUUGGACAAUACUUACAUGUAUGGUCGUGAAGAUAUAAAAAAAUCAUAUGGUCUGACCAUGAGCAUAUGGGUUGUUUAAAAAUUAAAUAAUGAUUGGCAUUGAAAAUGUGUGGGUAAAUUAAGAAUUUCUAAAAAUGAAAAAGUGGAAUACACAUUUGUUCAAAAGCUCAUAUGGUCCUUAACAGUCAUAGAGAAAGGAGUAAAAGACCUUAAAAAAUAACCAGAACUUCUUUUUUUAAUGGUUUAUAAGUUGUUGUUUAUGUAUAGUUUUUGUUGUUAAACAAAAAUCAAUUGCAGUUCAAUGAAAUUGCUCAAUUUAAAUGUUUUGUUUAAAAACUAAAAUUUUAAUCUUGUUAUAAUCUUCAAUGGUAGAAGGAUUAACUUAUUAAGUUAUCUGUACAUAUGUCACAUGACUAAGUUAUCUGUACAUAAUGUCACAUGACUAAGUUAUCUCUACAUAUGUCACAUGACUAAGUUGUCUGUACAUAAUGUCACAUGAUUAAGUUAUCUCUACAUAUGUCACAUGACCAAGUUAUCUGUACAUAUGUCACAUGACUAAGUUAUCUGUACAUAAUGUCACAUGACUAAGUUAUCUCUACAUAUGUCACAUGACUAAGUUGUCUGUAUAUAUGUCACAUGACUAAGUUAUCUGUACAUAUGUCACAUGACUAAGUUAUCUGUGCAUAUGUCACAUGACUAAGUUAUCUGUACAUAUGUCACAUGACUAAGUUAUUUGUACAUAUGUCACAUGACCUUUGUGGAAAGCAGCAUGUUUUAAUUAUGUUCAACAUUUUAUGUAAUUAUGCAGUAGCUUAAAUUAAAUUUAUUAAUUAUAUUUUCUGGUCGUAAAUAUGCAUGAAAUAAUUGGCCGUUUCAGAAUUUAAUGCAUCCUGGGUAAUAUUUUCAAAAGCAUACACCAAAGCGUUUUGAUUGGUUUAAAACGUUAUAAACAAUGGAAAUUCAACCAAUGACUUAAGGUUAUUUUCACUUUGGGGUACGAACAAUGAAAUUACCCAUGAUGCUUUAGAUUCUGAAACGGCCAAUUUCUGCUAGAUGUUAAGGAAACAACAAUUAAUCAAUCAGAAAGUUAUGAUGUGAAUAGAAAAAAAGUUUUUGUUAACUGUAGAUUGUAUAUUAGAACUAUUUUUUGGUCCCUCAUAUCAAUUAGAAAAAUUGGCAGCAUCACCUUCAGACUUCUUAAAAUUUGAAGUCAGUUAAUCAGAGGCAGAUUAAGGGGUGGCGAGUAAAGCCCCUUCUGUGGGGAAAAUUAAGUUGAAUAUUUAGGGAAACACUGAAGCAGCCCCUUCUUAGGCAGUCAGUACCCUUAUGAAAAUUUCUGAAUCUGACAUGGUAAUAAGAUUUUCCUUUUUCAAAUGGAGAUGGAGAAAAAUAUUUAAAUAACAAAUAAUUUCAGCACCUACAACAUCUCUUUGAUGUAAAUAUAAAAGGACCAAGCCACAUGGCUCCAUUAUUAGUCAUAGAUAGAUAUGAUUUUGUAACAUAUAAGACAAACAUAACUUUUUUUUAAUAAUUCUACAUCAAUUUAUAAGAAAAUGGCAAAAAUGAAAAUAAAUGUGAUAAUCAGAUUGAAUAACUAAAAUUUAAUCAUUUGACAUACAUACACUAUGUUUACAACUUAAUUUUUUCCUUACUUUACUAGAUGUAUAUGAGAUAUUGUUUUUUAAAACUGCAAUGCUUCUGUUAUUGGCUCUUGUGAUUAAGUUUGAUUGUGAAAAUAAAUGUAACUUUUUUUAGCUCACAUAGUCCAAAAGGCCUGUUUGAACUAUUGUUUGUCACAUGAUUCUAUCAUUCAUCACCACAUGCAUCUUAAAGAUUUGUUUUCCACUUGAGUAACUGUAUAUAAAAAAGAAGAUGUGGUAUGAUUGACAAUGAGACAACUAUCCACAAAAGACCAAAAUGACACAAACAUUGACAACUAUAGGUCACCGUACGGCCUUCAACAAUGAGCAAAGUCCAUACCGUUUCUACUCAACUGUUCGGAAAGUACUAUAAUUGGUCCCUUUCCACAAUAAAGCCUAAUGGACCAAAUAUUAAUAAAUGUUCUUCCCUUGAAAGUUAUCACAGAACCUAGAUCACUAGUAAGGAUGAUUUCCUUUUAUAUCACAAUAGGGUUUUUAUAUGUAGCUCCCUAAAAGGAUCUUUUUUUUCUAAAACCAAACAAUUUUAAAAUGACUUUUUCAACUUGUUCCUCUUUUAGGAAUAGGUAUUGAUUCAGAUGUAUUAUCUUUCACAACCGAGUGAGUUAAUCAGUUUUAAGAUUCAUUUUCGAUUAAGAGAUAAGAUUAAGAAAAUCAAUUUAAUGUAUCCAAACAAAAUGGUGUUUUGGACUGAAAAUAUAUUUACCAGAUAGGAAUUAGUCUGCAGUGGCUUCUCUGGUUUGAUUGCAUUUUGUGAAUAUUUUUUAUUUGUGUAACUGCAUGGGUGCUUAUAUUAGUUUUAUCAACAUAUUUUUGGGAAAAGUGUAUGAAUAUUUCUCAUAUGAUUUGCAUAAUUAUAAGAAUCUCUUAAUACUUUAUAAUGAUUGGUUAGAAGACCUUGUCAUGUAGGGAUUUUUUUGGCAGAUCAUUUUUGUUUUUAUGGAACUUGUUUGCCAGACUACAUUCAUUACCAAUAUAUUCAAAAUGGCUAAUUACCUGUGAUGAUUCCAUUAUCAUACUUGGGAUCUGCAGAGGUACAUAUGUUAUGUAUAUAUAAAAAAUAAUAAGGAUCACCACACAUUGUUUGUUUAUGGGUGAAUUGGUUCAGUUUACACACCAAUGAACUUUAACUACAGAACAAAAUGUGUUUUAUCCUAUUACAAUAUAUGUUUAAAAAUAAAUGGGAAUUGCCUGAUCAAAUAAAACUAUAAAUUUGAAGUUAUUAACUAGUCACCUAUAGCAGUAAAGUUUAUUAUUAAAAAUGUUUUCUUUCCAUCAUUAAAUCUUUUUAAUGAUGAUAUUUAUUAUCUCCCUUUGCUGGGGGAUUAUUAUCUCCCUUUGCUGGGGGAUUAUUAUCUCCCUUUGAUUGGGGAUAGUUGAUAAGUAAGCAACUUUUCCCAUCAUCCCAAACUUGCACAAAAAUGAAAGUUACUUUAGAAUACUUUGUGGUCAAAUAUUACAUAGGUGGAUCCAGUCUCCCCCUUUUCAUAGGAAAAAUUUGGUUGAUUAUAUAGGGAAUCACUGGAGCAGCCCCUCCUUGUG